AUGGGGACACUAUUCACCUCACAGAGCUGGCCUGAGACUGUAAGAAGAUGCGGGCGCGGCGAGAAGAGGUGGGACCAGGCAGAAGUGGGCGGGACCGGGGUGGCCGGAGGGAGGCGUGGUCGGACCUCGGUGGGCGGGACAUGAGGGGCGGAGUCUAGGCCUAAUCCGAGGGGCGGAGGCGAGGUGGAAUUUAGAAAGGAAGCGGGCGCCGCGGGGCGAGGCGGGGCCGGGCUGCGAUGGGCGGGGGUGAGGGCGGGGCCACAGGUGGAGCUCGUACGCAGACAGGCGGAGCCCUGGGUCUGGCGGAGAGAGGCGGGGCCAGCCAGGUGGGUGGGGCCAGAGAGGAGAGUCCUUUACGGGGCGGGGUUCACCGCGCGCGGGUCCCGAGCCCUGCUACUCGGUCGGUCGGCGGCUCUGCCUCUGCACUGCCUGCAGGAUCCCGGGACGCGGCGCCCCGGGGGUGGAGGGCGAAGGAACGCGGCGAUGGCCCCAGGAGAACUCUCGGGGUCCGCGGUCCUGGCCACCGCCGUCUUCGUGGGAGGCACCGUGAGUUCGCCGCUAGUGGCUCCGGACAAUGGGGGCAGCCACACGUUGCACUCCAGAACACAGACGACCCCAGCGCCCACCAACAACACGGGCAGUGGACACCCAGAGUAUAUCGCCUAUGCGCUCGUCCCUGUGUUCUUCAUCAUGGGUCUGUUUGGCGUCCUCAUCUGCCACCUGCUUAAGAAGAAGGGCUAUCGUUGCACCACAGAAGCCGAGCAAGAGGUGGAAGAGGAAAAGGUUGAAAAGAUAGAGUUGAACGACAGUAUGAAUGAAAACAGUGACACCGUUGGGCAGAUUGUCCACUAUAUCAUGAAAAAUGAAGCAAACGUUGAUGUUUUAAAGGCAAUGGUAGCAGAUAACAGUCUGGGAGACCCUGAAAGCCCAGUGACUCCCAGCACUCCUGGGAGCCCGCCUGUGAGCCCCGGGCCCUUGUCACCAGGAGGCACCCCGGGGAAGCACAUCUGUGGCCACCAUCUGCACACAGUGGGCGGGGCCGUCGAGAGGGAUGUGUGUCAGCGGUGUAGGCACAAACGGUGGCACUUCAUAAGACCCACCAACAAGUCCAAACAGGGCCACGCGAGGCGUCAAGGAGAGGUCACGGUCCUCUCCGUUGGCAGGUUUAGAGUGACGAAAGUGGAACACAAGUCAAAUCAGAAGGAGCGGAGAAGCUUGAUGUCCGUUAGUGGGACCGACAGUGUCAAUGGGGAGGUGCCUGUGACCCCUGUGAAGAGAGACCAAAGUGACACGGAGUAGCAGGGGUGACUUUAUUGGAAGAAUUCUAAGACGCCGGAGACUUCCAAGAGAAGAAGUUGCCUGCGGAAUUUUUAAAAAUUUUUAUACAGUUUCUAUUGCGGAGUCUGCAGACAUGGGGGUAAAAGUUAAAAGGGAAUAUUUGCGCUAUGCUCAGUACAGAAUUCUGUUUGUUUGGAAACACGUUUUGAGUUAAAAAGUCUGAUGGAAAAUUUAGUACCUUUCCAGUGAAGAAAAGAGCCCAUUUUUCAGUUUUCCCAAACACCAGACCUCCCAGUCCCCCAUCUCUGGCCUUGACACCACUGGUAAUUUUUCCAGCGUGAUCACUCUUCGCAGGGAACUCUUGGUGUUCAAUCCGAGCUGAUGCUCGGGGGUGUUAGUGUGUGAGUGUGUGUGCACAUGUAUGUACACGCGCACACGGACACCUCUGUUCUCCCAACCCAUAGGUCUCAUUAUGCAACUAGUUGCAAGAGAUUCUCUUGCAGUUUAACUGUUACAGAAGAUAAAGAUGAAACUUCAGUGGUAAAAAGUCCUUGCAGAGAGUGUGGUUUAGCCCCGAGAAAUUGGCCCCCCGAGAAGUCAGGGGGUCCGAUGGAACCAGAUGCCAGACUUUCAAGCCUUGGACCAAGGCAUCAACAUUAACUCGCUGCCACUGUGCCACUCUUCCGUCACCAAGAAGAUACUGAGAGUAUUUUAUUUUAUUUUUUUUUGUAACUUGCGCUAAGCGAUUCUUACUUAGUCCAUUGAAUAAAGGGGGACAGUCGUUUAAAGUGACUAAAAACAAAAUAAAA